UCAGUCAUGGAGGUCACAGCUCUCUGCACCCAAAUGUUGAUGAAUGUGUUUCUCUUGCUGUCAACUCUACUUGGUCAGAGUUGCACUUUUCAGACACCUGAUUUUCCAAUUAUCUCUCCUGACAAACUUCAGUUCUUUGAGUAUGAGUCUUUCUUCAUAAGCUGUGGGGGGAACGAAGACAUGAAUGCAUGGAGAGUGGUGAGAAAACUUCAUGAAAUGAGUUCAACAAAUAAAUCAGAGGACUGCAGCAUCCCAGCUCCAUCCUGCAGGAUUGAUUAUACAUUUCAAAGUCACAGUGGAGAAUACUGGUGUGAAAAUGAUGAGGGAGAACGAAGCCAAGCUCUAAACAUCUCUGUUACAGCUGGUUCUGUGAUCCUAGAAUUUACUGCCCAACCAGUGGAGGAAGGAUCUGAUGUGACUCUUCGUUGUGUUAACAAGAACAACGAGCAGACACAAAUAGCUGACUUCUAUAAAGAUGGCGGCCUCCUCAAAAUCAUCUAUGAAAAUGUCCGGACCCUUCAGAAAGUCUCCAAGUCUGAUGAAGGUUUCUACAAGUGCAGCAUUUCACGAGCUGAAGACUCUCCAGAAAGCUGGCUGACUGUUGGCGGACCAGGAAAAGGUUAA